AUCCGCAUGGUUCAAAGCGAUAAGGUGCAUUCGCGUGUGUUAGCCCGUGCUCUAGUGGCAGCAGCCCGGUUUUCCGGGGAGAAAGUGGCAAUGAAGGUCGAUGUCAUGGCUUCGGCGGUCAUCAAGGAGGAGGAAGUCCCGAAACCUCCAGCAAUCGUUUCCUACGCGUUCGAGAAGGAAGCGAUCAACAAGCAGAAUGCGUACAUCCACGUGACCGACCACUUCAUGCCGAACGUGAAUCGCGUCCCGAUAGCCAUCAAGUUUUGGUCCAAGUACGACUCGACGACGGCUGCGGCCCAGAGCGGCCUGGCCAACUUUGACAAGUACUUCAAGCUGCUGGAGAAGAACAUCGCCGAAGGGCCGAAGGAGAAGUUCCAGGAACCGAGAACCGAGAAUCAGAGCUACGGAUGGCAUUCGGAUCCUUUCUAUCGCUUGGAAUCGGAGGACGUUCACCUGCUGUACCAUCCGAAGAAGCGACAGGAGAUUACCAUUAUCGGUGAGAAGAUCAAUGCGGACAAAAUCACCCAGAGACCGAGGUUUACCGGACUCCCAUUCAAACUGCCCAGUUGAAAG